AAGGCAAAACACUACUAUUCCCUCCAAUUUGAUCAACUGGCAUAGACCCAAACGAAAAGACACCAGACAAACGAAAAAUGAGUUUGGAGGAUGCCCAGGUCUUCACUUCGCUUCAUGAAGAUGAAGACGUCUUGUCUUGCUUUGAAGUCCCCUCAAUGGUUUUUCUUCCCAUGGUCUUGAAAGCCGUCUUUGAGCUGGGGAUUCUUGAAUUGCUGGCCAAGAGUGGCCAGCUCUCUCCCCCCGACAUCGCGGCCCGCCUCUCCAUCGACAACCCGGCCGCACCGGACAUGAUCGACCGGAUGCUGCGACUCCUCGCCAGUUACUCCAUCGUCUCGUGCACUCUCGUGGAGGACAAAGGUGGCCUCCCUUGGAGGCUUUACGGCCUCGGGCCUCAGAGCAAAUACUUUGUGGACAGCGACGGAGCUUCUGCUGUACCAACUCAUAUGCUACUCCAAGACAAGACUGUCCUGGAAUGCUGGCACUCCCUUAAAGAUGCAGUUAAGGAAGGAGGAACAGAUCUCUUCACCCGCACGCACGGCAUGAACGUGUUCGAUUACAUGAGCGGAGGCCGAGAGCCGAGGUUCGCUGACAUGUUCAAAGAAGGGUCGAGGGCCAGGUCGGCGAUUUUCAUGCCCAAGAUCGCCCAGCAUUACCGCGGGUUUUCAAAGGCGAAGACGGUGGUCGAUGUGGGAGGCGGCAUCGGCGAGACCUUGAAAAUCAUACUCUCCAGGAACCCCCACAUCCGCGCCAUCAACUACGACGCGCCUCAUGUGAUCGUAGCCGCUCCUCCCAUUCCUGGUAUUGAGCAUGUUGGAGGAGACAUGCUAAAGGCCGUUCCUAAAGCAGAUGUCCAUUUCAUGAAGCGGUUUCUCCAUAGCCGGAACGAUGAGUUGUGCGUGAAGGUGCUCAAGAAUUGCUGGGAGGCGUUGCCGCGGACGGGGAAAGUGGUGAUCGUGGAGGAGGUGAUGCCGGAGUAUCCGGGGACCGACGAGCUCUCACAGAGCACGUUCUUAAUGGACACAAACAUGCUCAGGAUGACCCCCAGCGGGAAGGAGCGGACGCGGAGGGAGUUCGCGGACCUUGCACGGGCCUCGGGGUUCCAUGCCCCGAAAUACGUUCUGCGCGCGUACAACAUGUGGUUGAUUGAGCUCUACAAGAAGAUCUGAAGAUCGCGAUGGUCGAUGGCUUCUUCUCG